AUGUUGCCGCCAGACUGCCGACUCCCUUUUCUUGUAGCGAGAUUUCUACAAUUGAAGCAUCUGAAUAUGAAAGCCUCACCCCUGCCGUUUAAAACAGAAACAAAUCCUCUGAUAGGCUUAACCCUAGCUGAAGAUGACCCAUGCACAAUCGUGUUUACAGGCUUUUACUCACUCCCUCUCCGUGAAUAAGGAAAAGCACUAUUAUUAAUAUUCUGAGCAAAAAUGUUUUAGAAUCAAAAAUUUUGUAUAAAAAAAUUAUUUUGAUUUAUAAAUGAUAGUUUUAUAAUCAAAUCACUAGCUAGUUUAUAAUGAAUAUAUCGAAAAAGAAAUUUCAUUAAAUUUCUCGUGAGCAGUCAAAAUUUAUUUCGCUUCCUCACGGAAGGGGGAGCCAGGGAACUCCAUAACAGAUGGCUAUUACUCCAUCCAAGUCUACUUAGACCCAGCCCUCGAAAUCCCUCAGAAAUGUCUACUUUCCAUUAUGCACUGGACAAUUGAUUUCGAAAACCAAGCCCCAAUGCUGACAAUAAUUAAAGCUUCCGUGAUUUCCACUAUUUAUUCCCCUCCCAAAGCUAUCUCAGUCCCAGUUGAAAAUAACCCAAGAGUUUUUGACUUAUUACAGAAAUUAAGACAUCAAAGAAUAUUGCUCAGAUACGAAAUUUUCCCAGAAGCCAGCCAGCAAGAAUUUAUAGAGAAAAAAGAAAACAUUGCGCUUUAUAGCGACACGUUAAUGUCAGAUGCCCCUGAUACCUUGCCACAAAUGAGGGCCGUUAAUACUCCUUUGAAGGAAAAUAAACCGAUUUCUUUGGGUUUUGGGUCUAAAAGUAAAGAGAAAACAGCUGAAUUAAAAGCAAAAAGAGAGGUGAGGUAUAUAAACUCACAGGAAGAUUUAAUGGAAGAGUUGCAGCCUUCUUUUAGAGAUGAAGUUAUGAAUGAAGACUAUGGAGAGGAUGAGCUAUUUAGAGAGAUAAAAGAAGAUGAAGGAAUUGAAUUAAAUAAGGUUGAUAUGGAUGUUGGAAUUGAAGAAUUCCCACCUUGGGCACUGGACUAUUUGAAGUUCUUUUAUAAAGUUGCCUAA